AGAGCGGGCGGGGCAAAGCUCGGGCUCUGCGGCGCGCAGGGGGCGGUGUCACGCACGGCGGCAGUGGCCCGGCCGGGGAGGGCUCUGUCCGCUUCUUCUCCUCUGAGUGAAGUUAUUUUGAAGGGCGGGGGGAGGACGGAGUCUGCCGGAAAGAUGGCGGCGCCCGUGUCGCCCUUGGUUACCGCAGCCAGACACGCCGCCCGCCUGCUGCCGGCUCGGGCCGCGGCCCCGCGGAGAGCAUACACAAUUCAGGCAGCUGAGAACAUAGCCGCUAAUACUCUAGCAGAUGCUAACUCUAGGGCCUUGUUGGUUUGCAGUGGACCUUUAGAACACUAUGACUUUCUGAUCAAAGCAGAAGAGCUGCAGAAUGAUGAACAACAACGAAGAGUCGUACAAUGCUUACAGAAGUUACAUGAGAGCCUUAAAGGCUACAGUAUCAGUCCGAACAAUCUUCUGUCAAAGCUCUUUGCAAAAAGCAAACCUCCGAAAGGUCUUUACAUCUAUGGAGAUGUUGGCACAGGAAAGACAAUGGUGAUGGACAUGUUUUAUUCUUAUAUAGAAGUAGAGAGGAAAAAGAGAGUCCAUUUUCAUGGUUUCAUGCUAGAUGUACACAAAAGAAUACAUCGUCUUAAACUGAGCUUGCCUAAAAGGAAGCCAGGACUAAUGGCCAAGUCAUAUGAUCCAAUAGCCCCUAUAGCUGAGGAAAUAAGUGAGGGGGCCUGUCUCUUGUGUUUUGAUGAAUUUCAGGUCACUGACAUUGCUGAUGCCAUGAUUCUGAAACAGCUUUUUGAAAAUCUGUUCCAAAACGGGGUUGUCGUUGUGGCAACAUCUAAUAGGCCACCUGAAGACCUCUAUAAAAAUGGGCUUCAGAGAGUUAACUUUGUACCAUUCAUCGCUGUGUUGAAGAAAUACUGCAGCACAAUGCAACUUGAUUCUGGAAUAGAUUAUAGGAAACGGGUUCUUCCUGCAGCAGAGAAACUUUACUACCUCACAAGUGAAGCUGAUGUGGAGGCUGUCAUGGAUAAGUUGUUUGAUGAGCUGGCUCAGAAACAAAAUGAUUUAACUAGACCAAGGAUUCUAAAAGUGCAAGGCAGAGAGCUGAAGCUGAAUAAAGCUUGUGGAACCAUUGCAGACUUCACGUUUGAAGAGCUAUGUGACAGAAGUCAGGAUGAGUCCUGUGGUUCCUUUCUUGGUGUGCUAGCUCCAAGUUGUUUUCACAUACUGGUGUUGACUCCACAUGCAAAACAGACUUCCAUCGUGGUGGUUUACGAUGCUUAAUCUACAUGUGAACGUAGGCAACAGACGGAAGAAAUUUCUGGUCUAUGAAGUGCAAAUUGAUAGCCAUACUGGAGGAGAAGGUAUGUGUUUGGAGUGAGAAAACGAAGACUUAUUAGACAACCAGAUCUAGAAAUUGUUACCAUAGACGCCACAAGGAGAAGGCUCAGUGAUAAAGGAACUGAAGAAAGCAGAAACCAAACCGGACUGGCAAUUUGUGACCAAGAGGGAAAAGAGAACCAGGAGGCAAUCAUCCCAACUGGAAGCAUUGAAUCAUUGUGAAAUACUCAGGGAGUCAACUACCGAGGAAUAGAAUAGAAAGUUACAGGGGACAUAUGUGCUGUAUGAAACAAACUACUAAGAGAGGUUCUUCAGCCAUCCUAAGAAGGCAAGUGAUCAUUACCAGCAACUCCAUAUUAACAAGAAUGAACAGAAAAUUCAGCAAGGGACACUAGGACAGCAGGACAAUACACUGUCUUCCUAGAGCAAAAAUACAAGAUUAAUUGAAGGAUGAGACAGGAUUAUGAAGUUGUCUGGCAAGUGUCCACUGGUGGUGAUGCACAUUGGGACCAAUGACAUGAAAUCAUAAAAUCAUAGAAGUGUAGGACUGGAGCAGACCUCAGCAGGUCAUCUAGUCCAGUCCCCUACACUCAAGGCAGGAGAAGUAAUAAUUAGACCAUCCCUGGCAGGUGUUUGUCUA